UGCGAAGUACAAUAAGGAUGACUUGGACACAAGCAGUGGGGCAUAGCUUUGGUCUCCUCACAUGAAUGAUGAAUGGUUAACACAUACAAUGUGAACAAAAAUUCAAUUCACAUCCCUGGCAUGCUGAUAUGGAACUGAGUGAGACUGCAGUACUCAAAAUGACUUGUAAUUUGAAAUUUAAAAAAAUACUAAAGGACUGGAGAGAUGGCUCAGCAGUUAAGAGCACUGGCUGCUCUUUCAGAGGUCCUGAGUUCAAUUCCCAGCCACAUGGUGGCUCACAACCAUCUCUAGGGGUAUCUGAUGCCCUCUUCUGGCAUAAAUGCACACAUUCAGUUAGAGCACUCACCCAUAAAAUAAAUAAAUAAAGAUUUAAAAAAAAAUACUUCUAGGACUGGAGAGAUGGCUCAGAGGUUAAGAGCACUGGCUGCUCUUCCAGAGGUCCUGAGCUCAAUUCCCAGCAACCACAUGGUGGCUUAUAACUAUAUGUAAUGAGAUCUGGUGCCUUCUUCUGACCUCAGGGAUACAUGUAGGCAGAACACUGAAUAUAUAAUAAAUAAACCUUAAAAAAAGAAAAAAUAUUUCUGGAAUUUUCCAUUUAACAUUUCCAGGUUAUCUGAAACCAUAUUAAGCCAAACCAUAAAUAAGAAUGGUGAAGGGUUUCUGAAUAGCAAAAAUAAUGUUAUAAUACAAUAAUAUAUAAAUAAUAUAAUAUUAUAAAGAUAAAGACUGAGCCGGCGGUGGUGGCUCACAUCUUUAAUCCCAGCAUUUGGGAAGCAGAUGAAGGUGGAUCUCUGAGUUCCAGGCCAGCCUGGUCUGCAAAGCAAGUUCUAGGACAGCUAGAGCUAUUAUAGAGAAAUGAUAAAGGCUGCCUUUUGUUCGUUUGGGGGGAUGGCAAGAAAGUGGGGAGGGCUGGAAAGAUGACUCAGUAGUUAAGAGCGUUGACUGCUCUUGCAAAAUACUGGAGUUUGAUUCCCAGUACCCACAUGCCAGUUCACAAUUGUCUUACUCCACUCUCAGGGCAUCCAAGGGCAUCAGGCACACGUACACAACACACAUUCAGACAGAACAUAAAUUUCAUAAGAAAGGCCGGGAAAAGAGCCUUGUGUCAGCCCCCUGAGCCCACCCACCAUAGUCAACACUCAGUGUAUACAGUCCAUCCAGUCCAAUUCCUAUGAGCAAUGGAUCCUUCAGCAGUCGUCAGGGCUUGGAGGCAGACCCUCCCCAAGUCCAACCCUCCAAUGAAGUUCCACCUUUAAGUCAAACGACUCAAGGAUUUCUGACCCACCAAAAGGCUAAUGGUAAUUUUUCUUGCUGUUACUGGCAUCCUCACUCCUUAUAUCAGGUAAGCAUUCUGGCACCGCACACAUUGGAAGCACCAAGUGCUGGGUUCAAGUUACUGCAUUUGGAGUGUCUAAUACUCCAAAUGGGAAAUGGAAUUGUUUCUACAAUAUGACAAUAUGGUGAAUGAGCUAGCUGUGUAGAUCAGGCUGGCCUUGAACUCACAGAGAUCUGCCUGCCUCUGCCUCUGCCUCUGCCUCCUGAGUGCUGGGAUUACAGUUCCCUGUAUCAGAAGUUUUUGUUUGUUUUUAAUUUUAGGUUUAUUUUACUUUAUGUGCAUGAAUGUUUUGCCUUCAUAUAUGUAUAGGCACCACCUGUAAGCCAAGGUUGUGAGCCACCAUGUGGGUGUUAGGAACUUAAUCUGGAUCCUCUGCAAGAGCAGCAGUGCUCUUAACCUCUGAGGAGUUUUUGAGACUGUGUUGACUUAGAAGUCACCGAAUAACAAGAUGACCUUGAACAUCUAUCCUCUUACCCCUGUGUUGCUAGUGCUGUGUGGAUGGACCCCAGGGCCCAGUGGAUACCAGGCUAAGGACUCUACCAACUGAGCUACAUCCCCAGCCCCUUACUUCUUUAUUGGUCAAUUGUCUCCCAGAGGCCUUCAGAUUUUCAUUUCUUGAUGAAUCUUCACAGUGUUGAGAUUUGAAACUAGUAUAGUGUUUAGAGUGAAACAUCUACUGCAUGAAGAAGCACUUUCAUGUUUUAAAUUGGGAAUUCAAACAUAAAGACAACAUGCUGUCAUGUUCUCUGCUACCAGUUUCACUUCUCAGCCUGUGACCAAAGCUUUUCAAGUAAAUCUCCAUGAUGUAAGCUCUAAAUCCACACUGAUCUUGCUGUUUUUAUUUUUGUGGUGUUGGACAUUGAACCAGGGCUUUGUGCAUAUAUACCAUCACCCCCCCUUGUCAUAUAAAUGAUAAAUUGUCAUAGGUUAUUUUUUUGCAUUAGGGUUUACACCCAUGACUAGCAGGCACAGAACCCUAUCUUAGUUACUGUUCUAUUGCUGUGAGAGACACCAUGACCAAAGCAACUUAAAAAGAGCAUUUACGCCAUGCAGUGGUGGCUCACGUUUUUAAUCCCAGCACUUGGGAGGCAGAGCCAGGCGGAUCUCUGUGAGUCCGAGGCCAGCCUGGUCCACAGAGUGAGAUCCAGGACAGGCACCAAAACUACACAGAGAAGCUUUGUCUCGAAAAACCAAAAAAAAAAAAAUUUACUUGGGGGUUGCUUAUAGUUUAAGAGGAUUAAUUUGUUCAUAGCCAUUAUGUUGGAGAUCAUGACAAUAGGCUGGCAUGGUGCUGGAGUUUACAUCUGAUCUGCAAGAUGGAGGCAGAGAGAGAGAGCUGGGUUUUUUGAAAUCCCAGUGACAUACAUCUCCCAAUAAGAAAUCCUCCCUAAACAAGCCACCCACCAACCGGGAAGCAGACACUUAAAUUCUCACUCAAGCUGCCACAACCAUUAAGGUAUAUGAUUGCAUCAUUGUGAGGUCACUAAACAUGUACCUUGGCCUCUGGUCCCUUCUUAUCUGUUGAUGCGCUAUUCCUUCUGAGGGCCAUGUCAGGUCAGAUAACAGUGAUGCUUGGAGACCUCGAGACAAAUCUCCUUCCCUCCCUGGCUCAGUUACCUUGGACACAUGUUCCUUAACUUUAUAUACUUCAAUUCUUAAUGAACUGGGUUUGUCAUAGCCACUCCUGAGGCAAUGAAGGCUAUCCCUAAGGGAAAAAAAUACAUACUUGAUUCUAACCCUGAAUGUAGGUGCAUACCUUACCCUGCACUGGGAAGGCGGAGGCAGGUGGAUCUCUUGUAAUUUUGAGGCCAGCCUGAUCUAUAUAGGGAGUUCCAGGCUAGCCAGGGCUACAUAGUAGAACCUUGUCUCAAAAAGGAGUGAGCUGGAAUGAUGGAUGGUUCAGCGGUCAAGAGCAGAGCACUGGCUGGUCUUCCAGAUGUCCCAGGUUUAAUUCCCGGCACCCACAUGGUGGCUCACAACUGUCUGUAGCUCCAGUUCCAAAAGAUCCAACACCCUCUUCUGACCUUCAAGGCUACCAGGCACACAUGCAGUAAAAACACUCAUACACACUAAAACAAACAGAACCCCACCAGUAACAACACUUGAUGGAUGUUCUUGGCUUUCAUUGCUGCCUUCACAGAUGAGGGAGUUGAGGCUCUGAGGCUAGAAUAGCUUAGCUCGUGCCUUCCAUUGAGGAAGGAGCCUGGGAAGAUGCACAGUGAGCCAGGUGGGCCAGUGCCUAGCCUGAGGCCGGACAUUCAGUGUUUGCUCAGUACCUGGGAACAUGCUGUGGCUGCUAAUCAAAGAACUGCUUUGUUCUCAGACCUCUCAGCACAGGAAAUUCCAAGGUGGCUUUCUAUGCUGGCCUCUCUAGUUUGGUCUCUGGAGGGUCCGGGUACCUAAAAUGACUUGAAGAAGGAACCAGAUAGUCCAGCCUGCCUAUCUGGGUCUCUGAUUAUUGAGGGGGUGGCUGCUCCUUGGAGUGGCCUGGGUUGCUUUGGGCUCAGGUGGGCAUUUUCUUUGGCCCAUAGCCCUUACCCUGUCUCUGAAAUGGUUCUGGCUGAAUAACAACCUUGGGGAGUGGGUGGGGGGUGUAAUUUGGUUUGGGGCGGAGACAGGAUUGAGAACACAGUUUUCCUUGUGACUCAGCACAGAAGGAGGGCAGGAGGAGACUGGAGACCUCAUUCCUCACUUGGUCAUUCUCGGUCCAUGAUGGUGUGGUCCCCAGUGCUCGUUGGUGUCAUCUUCCUGUCUGUUUUCCCAGGGCCUAGCGGGGCUGAUCCUGACAUGCCCAAGCUGGCUGACUGGAAGCUGUGUGCGGAUGAGGAAUGCAGCCAUCCUAUUUCCAUGGCUGUGGCCGUUCAGGACUACGUGGCCCCUGAUUGCCGCUUCUUGACCAUAUACAGGGGCCAAGUGGUGUAUGUCUUCUCCAAGCUGAAGGGCCGUGGGCGGCUUUUCUGGGGAGGCAGUGUUCAGGGAGACUACUAUGGAGACCUGGCUGCCCGCCUGGGCUAUUUCCCCAGUAGCAUUGUUCGAGAGGACCUGACUCUGAAACCUGCCAAAAUUGAUGUGAAGACAGAUAAAUGGGAUUUCUACUGCCAGUGAGCUCAACCUGCUGUUGUCCCUGCUGUUUACCUUCUCGACUUUAUGCAAAUACAACAGCCAACUGCAAA